UAUAUAAGUGACAAAGCCAAAUGUUAUACUACUGAACAUUACACUUUGUUAAAGGAGGUAAAAUUCAAAAUGGUACAAAAGAUAGUAUUCCCAGCGUAUAUAGUUGUUGCUAUAUACAUGUUUAGUUUUGUUGGAGGAUCCUUCGGGAGUGAAAAAUAUGGAAGAUGCAUAAAGUAUCGAGUUGGAGAAAGUCAACCUGUUAUAACAAAUGGUGACCGGGAGUGUAUGACGAGAGGGAAACAUGUGUAUUGUAGGGAAUUCACGUGUCCGACAACGAAUUGCGCAAGCCCUACACAGGAUGGAAAAUGUUCAUAUUGUACAGGCACUUGCAGUUAUGGUGGAGUUGUUUAUCAAGUUGGAGACGGCUUUGAAUGCCUCGAUGGAUCAAACCGCUGUUCAUGCAGCAAUAAUAAUGUUAUAGGGUCGUCUGCAGCAGCAUCGAAUGAAAAACUGAUGUGCAAGAAAUAAAUUCGUUGAAUAACUGAAUGGGAUUCAAGAAAAGAAAAAUAAAUCUGUGUAAAAGAUGAAUCGUACUGUUCUUCUAUUUCUUC